CCACUCCCCUCCCCUCUUCCUUCUGUCCUUCCCCAAACCUCCUACCUCCUCUCAUCUCUAUCUCCUCCAUUCCUCACCAUCCGCCUCUACCUCUCUCUUUCUGAGGCUCGUGUUUCUGUGUGCGAGGGGUGUGUGCAGCGGUGGGCGGAGUUAAGGACUCGUCAAUCAGCGGCGCUACAAUAGCACGUGUGGCGGUCAUGGUCAUAGAGCGGCACGGCGGAGUCGACGAGACUGCAGGCUGCCGAUAGGAGAGAGAGCGAGCGGCCGGUCAUCUUAUCCAUCCACCGCUCCUCCUUCACUACAACCACAACCGUCUCUGCAACCCGAUCGCCCUUUAAUAAUGCACGGGGAGGUAAAGCGAUUAUCAGCGGCCGGGCUCUGAAUGAUGUAUCACACCGGUUACUACAGCACCGCACCGGAGAGACCGAACCUGUAGCUGUGUGAUCCACGGAGAAAAUGUCACACUAUCAUUUCAUCAAAUGCUGUUGUUUUCAGCUAUGUAACGUGUUCAGGCAGAACAUGGAGAUAGACCAGUGUCUGCUGGAGUCUCUGCCGUUGGGCCAGCGUCAGAGGCUGGUCAGACGCAUGCGUUGCGAGCAGCUGCGGGUCUACUACGAGCGCGAGCGAACGCUACAGAAGCAGAGCUUCCCCAAGCCCCGCUCCACCAACCGCAAAAAACAAAGAAUCAGCUUCAGGCUUUCAGACAUCAUCCAGGACGCCAUCAUACGACACGAUGACAAAGAGGUGCUGAGGCUGCUGAAGGAGGGAGCUGACCUGAACACAGUGAUUUCCUCAGGAGGAUCUCUGCUCCAUCUGUGCGCCCGCCAUGACAAUGUGUUCACAGCAGAGAUUUUGAUAGAGAAAGGACUGAAUGUCAACCUGCAGGAUGAAGACCUCUGGACUGCCCUGCAUGUUGCCUGUGCCUGCGAUCACGCAGAUAUGGUGCUGCUGCUGCUGCUGGCUGGAGUCAACGUGCUCCUGCAGGAUGUGAACGGGAACAUUCCACUCGACUACGCCACAGAGGGGACGGAAACCAGCUACAUCCUCAUCAGACACCUGGAGGAGAAUGGAGUGGAAAUGAGCUCUAUGCACCAGAUGAAGACCCAGCGCUCAUCCACCAUGUUGUCUGACGUGAGGCAGCUGGUCAGCAGCGGGGGCAGUGUCAAUCAACAAAAUGAUGACGGGGUCACGCUGCUACACAUCGCCAGUGCCAGCGGUUAUAAGGAGGUGGUGUCCGUGCUUCUGGAGAGUGGAGCAGACGUCCAGGUGUCUGACAACAGCUUCUGGACACCAUUACAUCUGGCUGCCAAAUAUGGGCAGACCCACAUUGUGAGCCAGCUGUUGAAGCACAAAGCAGAUCCUACUCAUCUGAACUGCAACCAGGACAAGCCCUCAGACAUAGCUGCUACUGAACUGAUUGCAGAGAUGCUGAUGAGAGCAGAGGAAUUCUGGGUACAGAGACAGACAGAUCCCUCGGCUCUGCCUCCACAAUCAGAAGAGCACUGCACAGAGGCUAACCAGGACAGCAGCCUGCCUGUAAAGAAACUGGCUACUAUGGCUUUACCUAUCUCUAGGAGGGACAGUUUGUUGGAGAAGGAGGCCAUGUUCAGGGACUCAGGAGGAGCUCUGACACAGCAGCCUUCACUUGAUAACGGGCUGGAUGGACCAUAUCCCAGCGCUGCAGGAAAACUGGAGCAGGUUAAACUGAUGCCUCCUGCUCCUAAUGAUGACCUUGCAUCCCUCAGUGAACUUACGGACAGCAGCCUGCUCUACGAGAUGCAGAAGCGCUUUGCUAAUGACCAGAUAUAUACCUACAUUGGACACAUUCUUCUCCUCAUCAACCCUUACAAGGACCUACCCAUAUACUCUAAUCUGGUCAGUCAGUUGUAUCUGAGCUCCAGUGGUCGUCUGUGUUCCUCUCUCCCACCUCAUAUCUUCUCUUCAGCUGAGCGUGCCUAUCACAUGAUGCUGCAGGAGCGACGCCCACAGUGUUUCAUCAUCAGUGGAGAGAGUGGUUCUGGGAAGUCUGUGGCCUGUAAGCACAUCCUCAAACACCUGGCUGCUCGCUCAAGUCCCAAAGGCUUCGCUUUAGAGCCACGAAUGAAGCAUGUGAAUGUGAUCUUGGAAGCUUUCGGUCAUGCUAAGACUCAGAUGAACUCGUCAGCAAGCCGUUUCAUCAAGCUGAUCUCACUGCAGUACUGUGAGAAGAGAAAGACUCUACUCAGAGGUCGUUUGUACACUUACAUGUUGGAGAAGUCGAGGGUCAUCUGCACCCCACCACAUCAACAGAACUUUAACAUCUUCUACCUGAUGGCUGAGGGGCUUUCAGCAGAGGAGAAGAUUAAUCUAUAUCUAAACAAUGUCCUAGCCCACAGGUGUAUGAGCACAGCGGCUCCCGGUGAAACUCCUGUAGUAGCUACCACGUGUCCUCAGAGCAGAGAGAAGCUCUCGGCCCUUAAACAGGCUCUGCGAGCCCUCGGCUUCAACAGACUGGAGGUGGAGAAUUUGUUUGUGGUCCUCUCUGCGCUGCUGCACUUAGGAGAUGUGCGCUUCACCGCCCUGACAGACGCUGACACUGCGUUUGUGUCCGACUUGCAGCUGCUGGAUAGAGUGGCUGGGAUGUUACAGGUGAGCUCUGAGGAUCUCGGCUCUGCCCUCACCUCUGAUGUGCAGUGUUUCAAAGGUGAUGUCAUAACAAGGCGCCACACAGUCGAAAUGUCCAACCAUCACAGAGACCUCUUGGCCAAAGCUUUAUACGGACGACUCUUCAGCUUCCUGGUCAAUAGCAUUAACUUUUACCUCCAAAGCCAUGAAGAUAGCACAGGAGAUCCUGCCCUUGAGAUAAGCAUCCUGGACAUCUUUGGCUUCGAGGAAUUCCAGCGCAAUGGUUAUGAACAGCUGUGUGUGAACAUGGUGAAUGAGCGGAUCAGACAGUUCACCGCAGACGUGCUCUUCCAGCAGGAGCAGCAGGAAUGUCUGCAGGAGGGGGUCGCCAUGGAGACGCUACGCUCCUUCAGCAACCAGACAGCGGUGCUGGACUUCUUCUUCCAGAAGCCUCAGGGUGUGCUGUGUAUCAUUGAUGAGGAGAGUCAGUCCCUCAGGCCAUGUGAAGUCAACCUUUAUAAGCGACUGCAGAUACAGCUGGAUUCAUCCGGUUUGGACGCCAUCUCCCUCACGACCAAGGAUGGCAACGGGAACCCCCCACCCAAAGACCAGGGGCCUUCGUUUACCGUCACUCACUAUGCCGGCAAGGUGACCUAUGACCUGACCGGCUCACUGGACAAGAACAAGGAUGUUCUUCCCCAAAACAUCUUGUUUGUUAUGAAAACAAGUGAGAACGUGCUCAUCCAUCAAAUGUUCCAGUGUAAGCUGACUCAGACGGGCUCAUUGGUUCCCCAUCACCAGCGACUGAAGCUCCGGGGGCCCAAAGGCACUUUGCUUAACAAGAGCACUACGCUAAAUCCUGCCAGAGACACCAAGAAAUAUGUGGAACUGAACAAGCUCCUAAAGAAGAAGGGAGCGACGUCUUUCCUGCAGCGACUGGAGCGUUUUGGACCGGUCACUGUGGCAGUGCAGCUCAGGAACUCUCUGUGUGAGAUCACCAGUAAGCUGCAAGCAUGUACGCCUCACUUUAUUCAGUGCGUCAGGCCCAACAACGCCGGAAAGCCUGAUGUGUUCGACAGCUUCCACGUGUCCUCUCAGCUCCAGUACGUGGGGGUUCUGGAGAUGGUCCGCAUAAUCCGGUAUGGAUACCCGGUCCGCCUGUCUUUCACCAGCUUCCUGAGCAGAUACAGAGAGCUGGUGGACACCAUCCUCACCGACAGGAAGAAAACAUCCGCAGAGGAGAAGUGCCGCCACAUUCUGCAGCAUUGUAAACUCCAGGGCUGGCAGAUGGGGAACAGUAAGGUUUUCUUGAGAUACUGGCAGGCCGAUCACCUUAAUGACCGCUGCCAUCAACUGCACAGGAAGAUUAUUGUCUGUCAGAAAGUGGUGCGUGGCUGGUUGGCCAGACAAUGUGCACGUCGCAGGCUCACGUCUCGGCAGCAGGAGCAGUGUAACAUCCAACGGUUCCUUCAGGGAGCAGAGGACUUGGGUAUGCGUGCUUACGACAGCUUGGUCAUCCAAAACGCAGCAGAUAUCGCACGAGAGAACGACCGCCUCCGGGGUCACAUGAGUGCUCCACCGCUGGGUGAGAGACCAGAACCUGUGGGCAAAGAAGAAGACUCGCCCAAGAGGGCUGUUGAAAAAAGUGGGAGGGUUAACGAUGUGGCGGGUCGUGGGGGGAACAGACCACUCCGGCAUUUCCGCUCCAGCUCUGUGCCUCUACCCCUGGUUAUGGACAGCUUGGUACACUCCAGCAUCGGGACAUCAAUCAAAGCAGCCCUUCAGCCUGCAUCACACUCCACUGAGGAUGGAAAUGGAGGGAGUCUCUCCUCCCCACGAAAACAACCUCCUCCCAAACCCAAACGAGACCCUAAUACACGUCUGAGUGCAUCGUACGAGGCAGUGAGCGCAGGACUGAGUAUUGCACCCAAAGAGAGCCCUGCUGAGGGUCAAGCCUCUCCAUCUGGAAGCCCACCAAAAACCCAACUCUCUCCUUCUGAUCCUCUCUCUAAACCACGCCCUCACAGUGAUGACUACAGCACCAUGAAGAAGAUCCCACCCCCCAAGCCCAAACGCAGCCCUAAUACCAAACUGACAGGCUCCUAUGAGGAGAUCUCUGUACCUUCUCCUGCACGCCCCACAGACAUGAAACUUGUCAGCCUGAUACGAGGCGGCCACUGCUUGGGUCUCAUCCAGCGAGCAGCAUCUGCGGAUGGCCCCCAUUCUUCUGUGCUAAGCCUCUACCCCUGCCAGGAUGAGGAGGAUGUGUAUAUUGAGAUGGUGGGGGCCUCAAGAGCCCUCAGCCUGGCUGACUCCCACAGUCCAGAACUGGGAGAGGCGGUAUAUGAGGAAAUGAAGUACUUCCCACCUGAUGAGGUGGGGUCAGCUCCAGUGAUCAAGCCUGAAGCUGUCAAUCCCAUUACCACUACCCUACCUGCCCCAGUGCUGGAAAUCAAGAGGCCUGUGACUUUGAUUGAGCACUCUGGCACGCUCGGGGGAAAGCAGCAGGGCAAGGAUGGGACAGCAUGUGACAUUCCAGCUCCAUUCCCCAACCUCCUUCCACAUCGUCCCCCACUUCUAGUCUUCCCUCCGUCCCCUGUUACCUGCUCUCCCGCCUCAGAUGAGUCCCCCCUUACGCCUUUGGAGGUGAAGAAGCUGCCUGUGUUCGAGACCAACCUCAACUACACCAGCCAGGAUGGGGGCAGCCCACUCUCCCCACAGUAUACCCGGCAAAGAGCUGACUCCUCACCGAGUCUUUCCGUCUUAAUGCCAGACAAAUCCACGCCUCCCUUGACUCCUCCUCCCCCUCCUCCUCCGGCAGCACUUCCACCUCCUUACCGUCCCCCAUCCCACUUCCCCUUCCCCCCUGAACCAAACUUCUUGGCUCUGACCCGUGCAUCUUCUGUGGCUACCACCGAUUCCUCCAAAGUCUCCCAUAAAAUGGGGCACAGUCUGGCAGAGACGCCCCCAAGCAGUUCCAAACCUCCCUUCUCCCCGGUAAAGACCUCGAGGCCAGAGCCCCGCAGAGCUCACUCCUGCUCCUCCUCGCCUCUGCUCUUCAACCCUGCCAAUGGGAGACCCCUCACCAGCCCUCUAGAUGAGCUCAACACCCUUUUCAGCUCAGGGCGCAGCCUGCUCCGCAAGUCCACCACUGGAAGAAAGAUCCGUGACAGCGGACUCUCAAAUUCUAACAUUAACCUGCCAGGUCGAGAGGAUCAAGGCCCCAUCUCUCCGUCAGCACAGUUACAGGACAAAAACGCCAACAACCACACCUCUCCCAACUCUUCGAACCCUGCGCCCAUUGAGAACGGCAACCAGAUCUCUAAUGGGAUGUUGGAAGACGAGGGACAUCCAAAGUCUAAUGCGUCCAGCACCUCGGCGUUACACAGGCACAUGGACAGCCACCACACUCAGGUGCUCCAGAGGUCACGUGCAUGUGGGGAUCAGCGGGCCACUCUGCAGGAAUUGUUGCGCUGGCGGAGGAGUGUUUGUGAUGGUCGACCGGACUGGCAGAACGCUUGGCUCCACAUAAACACCUCACCCACCCUAACAGUGAAGACCAAGAGUCCCAGAAAGAAAUCAUCGCCCUAGAGAUUGUAGUCUUCCUGAGUUAAACCUCAGUUAAACCCCACUCCUUAGGCCUGAUGGCCUUUUUUAUGAUUUGCCCUUCGCAUAGGGGUGGCGUCCUCGAAACAGAGCCAGACUCUGAACUCAGGACAGUAGGGCAUCCCAAUUUGUUCAUGUUCCAAUCUUCACUUCUUUUGAAAGAAUGAAAGGUUCCUUGGAAAAUUGUUCCACACUGUCUCUCCAACUAAUGGUCAGCUGGCACCAAAUAACAUAAAGCCCCAAAACACUUACCAAGUCCAACUAUGAAAAUAUAAAGUCAUUGUCGGGCUAUUAUGAAUCCCAUUCGCAGUGUCCUAAACAUCACGCUGUUUUGGAAGAUCUCAUCACAUCGCCUUGAUUGCAACUCAUUGACGCUAUCUUAGGGCUGCAACUGUGUGCUAUAGUCUACAUUGUGGGCCAUAUUUUAGUUUUAAACCCUGGUGCUGGUUGCUCCACAUGUGGUUGUCGUUGACUGGGUUGGGUAAAAAGUGCCAGUUCUGUCCCAACUCGAGCACUCGAGACACAUGGAUGCGACAGACCUUAAAGUUUACAAGACUUGUGUUGACCUCCUAGGACUAGCUUUGUGAACAAAGUCCUCUUUCAGGUUCAGAGAAGCAGCUACACCUCAAGCUUUUUCAGGUGCUUUGGUUUCCCUCCAUCAGAGGUGGCAACCAUCACACACAGGUUGUGACCUUACGAAGAGGUCAGGGUUCAGGGAAAUCACCAGUAACAUCACAGGUCCACAACAUUUCCACCAGCUUCUGGACUACAUUCAUCGUUCACUCUAGGCUAAUGUGCACACACUUUCGCAACACAAAACCGAAAGGUUUCGCAAGGCGUACUGUUGACAAACUCGAAGACACCUGAUUUAUAUUGAAUGUUUAAAGAGCACAAUUUUCCAAAUACACCUUCAGAUGGAACAAACAUUACUAGUGAAGGAUAUUACUGCCGAUGUGACUCUGAAAGCUCCCGUAACCGCUUUUGGACUUUUCCUCAAAGGUGCUUAUGUACGAAUGCUGGGUUGUAUGGUGUCGUGUCAAUACCUUAGUAGACGACCUGUACAAACAGCACAUGACCUUUGGUCUCACUGAAGUUUCAAACUAUUCAUCUCUCUAGUCGUUCCUAAUUUGUGAAGGUACACAGAUGCCUCCAAACAGAGGCCUUGAGGCAUUUGGUUUAACCAUACAGUGUGCACAUGCAGAUUUAUUUCCUGAAAGACCUUGGGUAAAUAUUUUUGGACCUUGAACACUGGGCUUGCAGCAGGAGACCCACCAUAAGCACAGCCAUGUACGUGAAGUGCAGGCGCUUUUCUGAGAAUAAGCAGAACUUGACCUUCUGCUUCUGGUUGACUUUGGUAUGACUGACUAGAUGGAUUAUGUACAGAUUGUGAGUGUUUAUUGGCAAAUUAUUGUCUUCAUAAUGGAAGGAUAUUUUGAAUGUUCAAGGAUGCAAUGACAGAAGGACUAAGGUGGUGGGUUUUAUAGUGUGAAUAUCGUUUUAGUACAGAAUGAUUGUUUAUUCAUGGUAAACUCUUUAGUCGUUGUCUAUCCCCACAGGACUUCGGCCUAUCUUCGAAAUGUAUAAAGAUAUUUAAUGUAUUGUACAGAGCAUUUGUGUUUGUGCAAGUACGUUUAAGUUGCACUUUGCUGCUGUGUUUCGUUUAGGCUUCAUUACAUCAUGCCUGUGUGCUUAAAAAAACAAGUUCCCCAAAUGUUACACCUUCAAAAAAGAGCCAAUUCAGCCCCCUUUGACACAGUGAUCCAUGUCAUGGUCUUUGGUCUCAAUAUUUGAAUGUAUAUACAUCUGAGAAAACAGUAUGUAUGGUUUAUACAACCAGUUGUGUUCAAUGAUUGUAUUGAAACAGUAAUUUAUUUUCAGUGUGGAACAUGACCUAAAAUUCAUUCAAAUUAACAUAUUGCAGAGACGAUUUUAAGGCCCAGUUUUGUGAGUCAUACUUUCUGGCUCUAUAAAUCAUUACGGACAGCUCUAAAAUGGGCUGCUUAGGCUUGUGAAUCUCAUAUCUUCUUCUAUCUCUUCUCUUCCCAACUAAUGUGAAUAGUCCCUUUCCCCAUUCCAUUGAACGGUGGUUUAAAAGAAUCUUUCACUGCAGAGACGCAUAUUAAAAUCACUGUGCAGGCCAGUGCUGACGGAGACCGGAACUCACUUCAUGGGUUUGAUCCACAGCUGCUUUGCAUCGCUACUGCUUAACAGGGUUACGAUACUAUUAUCUGAAACAUUUAUUUAUUGAAACAAAAAUUGCUAUUUUAUAAUGUCUACUAUUGACUUGUCAUCAAUACUAUAAAGCAAAAAGAGAAUAAAAAGAACUGUACAGUAUGAGCCCAUUUUUCUACUCUGUUGUUGAAAAGGGAACGUAUGUUAACGCAUGAGAUCUCUUAUGUACAUGCCCGUCUAUCUGUUUUCCUGUGCUUAGUCUGAUACAUUGUGGAGAUAUAGACAUCAUUGGAUCAUGCCCUUUGCCUCAACUGGUGCUGUGGAACCAUCUGAACAUGAUGUUAUGAACUUCCUCUCACCCUCCAGCCCAACACGGCCUGGAUUUAAUGGACCUCUUGUUUUGAUGGCAAAACAAUGGCCACAGAUGGUUUGGCCAAGAUCAAUAUGUUGAGAACAUCUACCAGUGUUGUAGUCGAGACCGGUUCAUUCGAGCCAGAGUCAAAACCGUGUCUAGAAUGGGGUUAAGCUCGACAAGACUGAGUUCAAAACCAUAUUUUCUUGUCUUGAUCUCGACUCGGACUCGACCAUCCUCUGGUCUUGGUCUUCGCUCAGUCGACUGAUCGGUUCUCUACUUACAACGCUGACAUAUUCAUCUCAAGGCAGUGAAAACAAACUCAUUCAGAUUAUUGUGCUCAGAUACGCAGAGAUCAACAAAAUAUUUAAUUAUCAUGGCUGUUGCUGUCUUUUGUAGUCAAUGUGUUUGUUUUUGUUUGUUUUUUUCUCCCGUUGUUUUUGAUCCUUCUGUAAAUUCUAUAUAAAUAUGCCUAUAACUUCAAUACAUGUUUGUGGGCAAAGGAAAAAAAUGUAUGUCUUGGUACAUAUUUUGUUUCGAAAUGUUUUAUAAAAUUCCUGUACAGCAAUAAAGCACAGUGUCAGACA